CCUGCCACUCAUGCCUGGGUCCAGGAGAGGCCGGUGUGCCCACCUCACAGUCUCCCAGCCCUGCCUCUCCUUGCCGUCCCCCCACCCCGCCCUGUCCCUGGGGGACGGUGGGAGGCAAUGGAAUUCCCUCCCGGGGCUGCUGUGUGUUCCCUGCAGGUUGUUGAUGGCGUCCACGGCGGAAGCCCGUGUGGAGGCCCUGCUGCCUGAUCUGCCCCCGGGGCCCCUCCAAGCGUACCGGGCCCGGGCGUCCUUCGACUGGCGGCAGCUGGCGCGGUUCUUGGACGGCGAGGACGUUCUGCUCUUCAAGAAAACCAUCUUCUCGACCCUGGAGAAGGACCCGCUCUUCGCGCGCUCCCCCGGGGCCGGCCCGGGCCUGGAGAAGUACCGGGAGCUGACCUUCCUGCGCUGCAAGCGGGUCUUGGAGUACGACUUCCUGGGCGUGCAGGACGCGCUCAAGAGUCCCCUGAAGGUGCUGGUGCUGGUGCACUCGCUGGGCAUGUACGACUGGUCCCUGGCCUCCAAGUUCCUGCUGCACGUGCUGGUUUUCGGCUCAGCCAUCUACAGCUCGGGCUCUGAGCGGCAUCUCGAGUUCCUGCAGAAGAUCAGAAGCCUGGAGAUUUUCGGGUGUUUUGCGAUGACGGAGCUCAGUCAUGGGAGCAACAGCAAGGCCUUGCGGACAACUGCUCACUACGACCCUGCUUCACAGGAAUUCAUCAUCCACUCGCCCGAUUUUGAAGCCGCCAAGUUUUGGGUCGGCAACAUGGGCAAGUCGGCGACGCAUGCGGUGGUGUUGGCACAGCUGUACGCCGGCGGCCAGUGCCACGGGCUGCACCCCUUCCUGGUGCAGAUCCGAGACCCGAAGACCCUGCUGCCCAUGCCAGGGGUGAUGGUCGGAGACAUCGGAAGCAAGCUGGGGCAGAAUGGCCUGGACAAUGGGUUUGCCAUGUUCCACAAGGUCAGGAUCCCCCGGGAGAACCUCCUCAACCGCGUUGGAGACGUCACCCCCGAGGGCGCCUAUGUUACCCGCUUCAAGGACACCAGGCAGCGCCUGGGCGCCACGCUGGGCAGCCUGUCCGCAGGCCGCGUCUGCAUCAUGAACGUGGCGGUGAUGCACCUUAAGCUGGCGGUGACCAUCGCCCUGCGCUUCUCCGCCACACGCCGUCAGUUCGGGCCAACGGACGAGGAGGAAGUGCCUGUGCUGGAGUACCAGGUGCAGCAAUGGCGCCUGCUUCCUUACCUGGCGGCCAUCUUCGCCCUGGAAUACUUCUCCAAGUCGCUCUUCCUGGACCUAGUGGAGCUCCAGCAGGACCUGCUCGGGGGAGAGCGGAGUGCCCGGCAGGAGGAGCUUGGCCGUGAGAUCCACGCCCUGGCAUCAGGUGGCAAACCCCUGGUCUCGUGGACUGCCCAGCGUGGGAUCCAGGAGUGUCGGGAGGCGUGCGGAGGACACGGCUACUUGGCCAUGAACCGGCUGGGCAAGCUCCGGGAUGACAACGACCCUAACUGCACCUACGAGGGCGACAACAGUGUCCUCCUGCAACAGACCAGCAACUACCUGCUUGGACUACCUGUGCACGGCCACUCUCCUUUGCGUGUCUCAGACAGAGCCGGCCUGAGGAGCCCCCUGAAGUCGGUGGACUUCCUGCAGGCUUACCCCAGCAGCCUGGGCCAGCGGUUCACGGGCUCCUGUGCAGCCGACUGGCUGGAUCCCGCAGCCCCUCUGGCCGCAUAUAAAUGGUUGGUUUGCUACCUGCUCCGGGAGACUCGUCAGAAACUCCACUGGGAAAGAGCGUCCGGAUGCAGUGAUUUCGAAGCCAGAAGCAACUGCCAGGUCUAUCACUGCCGGUCCCUGGCCCUGGCCUUCAUGGAGCUCACGGUGGUACAGCGGUUCCUCAGCUACACGCACCAUGUCAGUGUGCCAGGCCCGCUGCGAGCUGUGCUGGGCCGGCUCAGUGCACUCUACUCCCUGUGGUCUCUGAGCCAACACACUGCCCUGCUCUACCGAGGUGGAUACUUGUCGGGGGAGCAGGCGGGCAAGAGCUUGGAGGCUGCCAUCCUGGACCUGUGUGCCCAGCUGAAAGAUGACGCUGUGGCCCUGGUGGAUGUCAUCGCUCCCCCCGACUUCAUCCUGGACUCGCCAAUCGGCAAGGCUGAUGGCCAGCUCUACAAGAACCUCUGGACCAGUGUCCUGCAGGAGCGCAGCGUGCUGGAGCGGCCUGCCUGGUGGGCGGAGCAGGCCGUCCACAAGCCCGUGCCAGGGCGCCUGAAGGCACAGCUGUAGCUGACCAGCACGGGCCUGCACCGGACCCGAUGGAGGCUACCAAGGGUGCAGAGCAAGGCUGUCAGGCCGCUGCAGCCACACCCCUCCGGCCCACAGCGCCACCGGGCUGAGAAGGGGCUCGGGCCGACCCCAGGGGCGUGUUGGUGACCCGCAGUGCAGCUGGCGUCAUAACACGGGAUGCUCAUUAUUCCACAUUUUCUGCAGAUACAAUCUUUUGAGUAAA